AUGAACCUGGUGCUCCUGGCCUUCAGGCUGAUGUGUCUGGCCUGGCUGUGGCCUGUCACACUUCUCAACGGCAGCCACCGACCCAACAAGAGGAGGCACAAGGAUGUGUACCUUGGGGAGAAUACCAAGAACCAACAUGGAGGGUGAGCCAGAUUCUAGUAGUGUGGUCCCACUGGAGUUGUGUUAUGUUCUUGUCAACGGUUGUGUUUGCUUAUCUGUUCUGUUUGGUUUGAAGCUGGUUUGUGUAUAGUUCUGGUAGCAACGUUUAAUUUAGUACACACACCACAGGACGUUACUGUUCUGUUGAUCUGUCGUCUGAUUGAUAUGGUUAAAAGGUUAUUUUUUGGGGGGAGUUGUAUUGUUUAACAUGGAAUGCUAUUCAUGGAUUCAAUGCAUCAAUCCAAUCUCUAUAAAUUUUCAAAAACACUGAUGGUGAAUUUACCAUGGUCGCGUGAAUGAUCUCCAAUGUGUGCUGGGACAGACGUCAUUACUGCAGUGCAUUGUGGAUAAAGGCCAGGGCAGGUGAGGUAACCACAGGGACUUAGAGGUAAUGUUAGGGGACCCGUGUUUGGGUGGGGACACCUCGUAAGAGAGAAGCAGUAGUUUGUGGGUAAUGAUGGAGAGGGGUGUUGAUAAGGGGGUUGAGUGUACGCCAGAAUAUGAUUUGUAAUAAUAGAGGAGUUGUUUGUGUUUGGGUAGUAUUGUAAAAUUUGAAUAUCAGUUGACUGAAGCUUCGUAUGAUGCUAUUUAGAAGCUUUACGAGUGAUGAUGCAGGGUGUGUUGUCAACCAAAUUGGAGGGAUUCAUCAAUCAUGUCAUUUGACCCUCGACUAACUGUAAUGUGAGAGUUUCUGGGAAGACUAUAUAAUCCUCCAGGACUAAUUACAAAACCAGCUCAGCUCUGACUCGACUGACAGGAGACCAAUUAGAACAGAGGGGAGAAGGUAAUGGGCUAAAUCAUUAUUGAAGAGCUCUCACAUUAUGUAGACACUUACUUUAGGUUUUAAUGACAUAUAAAGUGAAAUGAAUAAUUCUUAACAGCUAACACCCCAGAGCAGAUGUUGCUACCUUAAGAGAGUGUGUAGGUAUGUGUGUGUGUGUGUGUGUGUGUGUGUGUGUGUGUGUGUGCGUGUGUGUGUGUGUGCGCGUGUGUGUGCCAGUUGGUGUGAGUGUGUAUUUCUGAGGAAAUAUUACAUCUGAUAUGCUGAUCUGUGUCCUCUUUGCUCCUCAGACGAAUAGACUUUAAGAUGAAAAAGUCUGACAGCACCAAGUCCCUGCUAAUUAAAUCUGAACAGCUGCUCCGUAUCGAGGACCAUGACUUUGCAAUGCGGCCUGGCUUUGGAGGUAAGACCAUCCACCCAAUCUCCUUUGGCUUGGUGGGUAUACAACAAAUUUGCCUGUGGUUAACUAUGAUAAUGUAUCGUUUGGAUGUGACUGUGUGUGCUUUUACCAGCACGUGUUGGGUUUGACUCAUUAAUUAAGCGUGAAUGGGGAAGUCAAGGGUCAUUUGAGAGAGGGAAGGGAGGGAGAGAGUGAGAGAGAGAGAAGGGGGGUGGAUAGAGCGAGACACAAACAGAGAGAGAGUGUGAGUGAGUGAGUGAGUGAGAGAGAGAGAGAGAGAGAGAGAGAGAGAGAGAGAGAGAGAGAGAGAGAGAGAGAGAGAGAGAGAGAGAGAGAGAGAGAGAGAGAGAGAGAGAGAGAGAGAGAGAGAGAGAGAGAGAGAGAGAGGAUAAUGGAGAUUUACCUACAGUAAUUUGUUCUUAUAGAUAGUCCAUAACGUGCCACACAGCAGAUCCAUACAGAUUAGGUAUAAUUCAGGUUUUGGAAGAGGCAGCGUUGACACUAGUACCGUAGCUUGUAUGCUCUCUCCUGGAGCAGAAAGUAGGUUACAGUGUCAUCUUUUGUAACACCCCAUUCCAGAAAAUAAAUCACUGACCCAGAUUGUCUGCAGAUCCUAGCAGACAUAGACAGCCUGCGGCCGGGUACACAGAUGUUAGAACUAUAGUAAUCUGGAUUACGGUCCACGCUUUCUGAAACAAUACCAAAUGCUAAAUCUUACUGGGCAGUCCAGAGCAGCAAAGAGUCCCAUGCAUACAGUACUACCACAGUAUGGUCAUUAGGUAUUCAGACAGUAUUAGAUUGAACUACUGAUCAUGUUUAUGAAUGUUUGCAUGUGUGUCAGUGUUUGGGGUCCCACUGUAAAUCAACUGUCGCUGUGACAUGUAUUUACAUAACAGUUAUACUGAAGGCUAUAAUGACCGUUUAGGUACAUAUUUCUAAAUGUGGUGUGAUGGCACGUUAUGGAUUUAUGUGCAUUUAGGUUUCCAUCUGUCUGUUUUCCUAUCUAUUCCAAACUAUACCUGUGUUUGUCUGUGUUUGUUUCUGUGUUGUCUAGGCGAGGUGGGGUAGGGUCGAUGGAGAAAGUUAAUCCCUGUAACGUUGAAAUUAGAUUGGGCAGGUCACAGAGAAGAGUACAUUUGGUGGAAUUGAAAUUAGGAAACCAUUUUUCCCUGAAAUUGCUUAUCUUUCAAAGAACUCAUUUUGAUACUGCCAUGAGCACUUUAAUCCUACCAAGGCAGAUAUGUAACUCUGUCUGUUUGCUCUACAGACACGUGUGAGGCAGGGGCAGUCCAACUCAAACCCCUGUGAUGUAUUUUGAGGGACUAUGGAAUAGCUCCUCAUUCAUUUGAUAUGUCGGAACGGUAGAUGGAUGUAUCUUGAUUAUAUAUGGAUGUAUAUUGAUUAUAGAUGGAGGUAUAUUUAUUAUAGACGGAUGUAUCUUGAUUAUAGAUGGACGUAUAUUGAUUAUAGAUGGAUGUAUCUUGAUUAUAAUGAGAUGGACGUACAGUGCAUUCGGAAAGUAUUUAGACCCAUUCCCGUUUUCCACAUUUUGUUACAUUAUAGCCUUAUUCUAAAAUGGAUUAAGUAAAAUGUUUUCCUCAUCAAUCUACACACAGAAAUACCUUAUUUACAUAAGUAUUCAGACCCUUUGCUAUGAAACUCAAAGUUGAGCUCAGGUGCAUCCUGUUUCCAUUGAUCAUCCUUGAGAUGUUUCUACAACUUGAUUGGAGUCCACCUGUGGUAAAUUCAAUUGAUUGGACAUUAUUUGGAAAGGCACACACCUGUCUAUAUAAGGUCCCACAGUUGACAGUGCAUGUCAGAGCAAAAACCAAGCCAUGAGGUCGAAGCAAAUGUCCGUAAAGCUCAGAGACAGGAUUGUGUCAAGGCACAGAUCUGGGGAAGGGUACCAAAAAAUUUCUGCAGCAUUGAAGGUCCCCAAGAACACAGUGGACUGCAUCAUUCUUAAAUUGAAGAAGUUUAGAACCACCAACACUCUUCCUAGAGCUGGCCGCCCGGCCAAACUGAUAAAUCGGGGAAGAAGAGCCUUGGUCAGGGAGGUGACCAAGAACCGGAUGGUCACUCUGACAGAGCUCCUGAAUUCCUCUGUGGAUAUGGAAGAACCUUCCAGAAGGACAACCAUCUCUGCAACACUCCACCAAUCAGGCCUUUAUGGUAGAGUGGCCAGACAGAUGCCACUCCUCAUUAAAAGGCACAUGACAGCCCACUUGGAGUUUGCCAAAAGGCACCUAAAGGACUCUCAGACCAUGAGAAACAAGAAUCUCUCGUAUGAUGAAACCAAGAUUGAACUCUUUGGCCUGAAUGCCAAGUGUCACGUCUAGAGGAAACCUAUCACCAUCCCUAUGGUGAAGCAUGGUGGUGACAGCAUCAAACUGUGGGGUUGUUAUUCAGCGGCAGGGACAGGGAGACUAGUCAGGAUCGAGGCAAAAAUGAAUGGAACAAAGUACAGAGAGAUCCUUGUUGAAAACCUGCAAAUAUUUAUAAAAACCUGUUUUCGCUUUGUCAUUAUGGGGUAUUGUGUGUAGAUUGAUGAGGCGGAAAAACUAUUUAAUCACUUUUAGAAUAAGGCUGUAACGUCAAGGGGUCUGAAUACUUUCCGAAUGCACUGAAAUUAUAGAUGGAUGUAUCUUGAUUAUAGACGGAUGUAGUAGGUUUUAUGUGAUAAGGACUUAUAGAAUGAAAGGAGAUAUGGAGAGAAGCCAUUUAUGAGUUUGGUGACACAGCGUCUCUUGGAUCCCUGAGUUAUGAGAAUGCUGUGUCUGUGGGGAGGGGAGGUGUGGGGCCCUCUGGUCUUUGGGGUUAUGUGGGGCCCUCUAGUCUGCAGCUGUGUUUAGCAGGGAGAGUGAUGGACAGGAUAGUCACAACAUAGGGCUUAGCGGUCGAAUGUUCAGCGUGACCACAGUGUCACAGUAUCUCUGUUGAGACCAAGCAUAGCCCCAAGUUGCUCUUUGACCCCCUUGUUUGGGUUUCUCUCUUAUUCACAAUUUGUUUACCCAAAAUGUCAUUUAAAGUAUAGUGUUUGGGGUGGUUUACAAAUAUUUUGGUAAACCACCCCAUUUCUCACAAACUGUAUAACUAAGGCUACAUGUGCAGACAGAUGUGAUAUAUUCAUGAUAGGUCUUGUGAAACCCAGUGAUGCUAGGUCAUAAAAUAGCUUUCAGGUUGAGUCAGUCAUUGAGUCAUGAAUCCAUAUGACAGCACACAGCCAAAAGCCUGACUAAACUUGCUUGCCCUGUCAAGAUAGACAUGUGAAAUCUCAAGCUGUUUACUGAUUGGGGCUGUAUUUUCACCCCUGUAGGGGCAGCUAUUCCUGUGGGCAUAGACGUGCAGGUGGAGAGCAUUGACAGUAUAUCUGAAGUCAACAUGGUAAGUCUAUAAAUGUGCGUGUGUGUGUGUGUGUGUGUGUGUGUGCGUGUGUGUGUGUGUGUGUGUGUGUGUGUGUGUGUGUGUGUGUGUGUGCAGACGUUUUUAACUAUUCUUGUGGGGACACAAAAAUAGUAAACAAACAUACAUUUUAUAAACUGGGGACAUUUUGUUAGUCCUCACAAGGUCAAAUGCUAUUUCUAGGGGGUUUAGGGUUAAGGUUAGAAUUAGUGUUAGGGUUAGGGUUAGGGUUAGGGUUAGGGUUAGGGUAAGAAUACAGGUUAGGGUUAGGUUUAGGGUUAGGGUUAGGGGUUAGGGAAAAUAUAAUUUUGAAUGGGACUGAAUUGUGUGUCCCCACAAGGUUAGCUGUACAAGACUGUGUGUGUGUGUGUGUGUGUGUGUGUGUGUGUGUGUGUGUGUGUGUGUGUGUGUGUGUGUGUGUGUGUGUGACCAACCCACUGAAACUCACUUUCACACAAUGAGACAACCCUUAUAUUCUGUCCCUCAUCCUUAAUGGGAUAGUUCACCAAAAUUACAAAAUGGCACAUUAGUUGCCUUACCCUGUAAGCAGUCUAUGCACAAGUUAAAAAAUGCUAAUAUCAGUACCAUGACUUAAAUGGGAUUUGUGCCACAAAUGCUAAAAUGUUAGCAUUUGGAAACAGUACCAGGAAAACCAAAGCAUGGAUUGCUGUCAUACCUUGUCCAUAGACUGCAUACAGGGUAAGGAAACCAAUAUGUCAUUUUGUAAUUUGGGUGAACUAUCCCUUUAAGUGUUGGAACUCUGUUCGACUCUAUUCUGCCCAAUUUAAUGUUGAGGCAUAACAGUCAAAGUCACUUUGACCCUGCAUGACCCUGUCUCUCGACCUACUGUACAUACAAAUCAUUUAUGUGAACCAUUAUUGAGAUACAAUUACUCACACAUUGAUAAUGUGAUAGUUUGUCUAUCGGGCCUAAGCCUUGGUGUGUUGGUGUGUUUGUAUAGGACUUCACCAUGACUCUGUACCUGAGACACUACUGGCAGGACGACCGGCUGGCCUUCCCUUCCAGCAGCAACAGGAGCCGGACAUUUGACGCUCGGCUGGUGAAGAAGAUCUGGGUGCCGGACGUGUUCUUUGUCCACUCCAAACGUUCCUUCAUCCAUGACACAACCAUGGAGAACAUCAUGCUGAGGGUGUACCCUGAUGGCAACAUCCUCUACAGUGUCAGGUGCACAGAGAAUGGGCCUCCUUUACCACAGGAAGCAUAAGGCCUUUAGGAUAGUGUACUAUUAUGUGCUAUUAUACACAUAGGAUACAUGGGAGAGUUGUUUUCUGCAACUGCUGUAUUGUGGUGCAUAUUAUUGAUUUUGCACUUUGCUUUAGGAUCACUGUGACUGCUCUUUGCGCCAUGGACUUCAGUAGUUUUCCGUUGGACACACAGAAUUGCUCUCUGGAACUGGAGAGCUGUGAGUAUAAAACAAUAAGGGUAUUUGGGUGUAUUGCGAUAUAUUGUAUAUUAGCUCACGUGUAUUCAUAGAACACAAUUAAUACAUAAUAUGGAAGAGUUGGCCCUCCUCUUUUUAUAUAGAUUAAUUAACAUUGGUAAUCCACGGUCAGGUCAGUUUGUGUCCAUAAUACAUGUAUUUUUGAUGCAGGAUUUACCAGGGAUUAAAAGUCCUGUUCAUCUUUAAAGGAAGAGCAGCUGGGUCGUUCCACAAAUUGAGUGCCCUUUGCACCCCUUUGAUAUUUUAAGUAGAAAUUGUGCACAAAUAUUUAAUUUUAAAAGCUUGUUUUAUUAAAUGAAGUGCCCUUUAAUAUAGACCACAGGGACAAUUCAAUAAAUCUAUUUUUUUUAUAUGAAUAAAGACUUGCUAAAGUGCAAAAAUUCUGUAUUUCAAACAUUGUCCCUCUGUGCACCCUCUGUGGCUUCUAGGAAGAUUUUAACCCACUUAACCCCAACAUUUCUCCAAGUUCACCAUUAUUGUAAAGCCCUUGUUGCUUUGACAAAGUAAUUCCGGAGAUGUUUAUUUAUUUAAUGUUAUUAGUGAUUCAUUUUAAGUUUUAAAAAAAGAACACUUUUUCUUCCCACCAAGUUACACUACUCAAAAGGCACCUAAUUGGUGGAACGACCGAGCUAGAGUCAAAUUGAAGUUGGUCAUUUCUUAUCAGAGUUGUUUUAGUACACUGACGUUUCAAUUGUCAUGAUUGUGUCAAACCCAAUCUCAGGAGGCAGUGCAGUGUACCUUACCCAGAUUAGAACACACACACAAACACAAACCACACACACACACACACACAGAAAGCAUGGGCCUGGUCUCAGAGCAGAUGUGGUAAUACUGAAUCUCAGUGUCUCUUCUCCUCUGAGGGACAUAGCUCAUGAUUCUUCUAAGAGAGGCCACAUGAAGGAGUCACCUUCUCCCCUGUUCUCUCCUCUCUUGAAGACGCAUACAAUGAGAACGACCUCAUGCUCUACUGGAAGAACGGGAACGAUUCAUUAAGGACUGACGAGAUCGUGCUCUCGCAGUUUUUUAUUGAAGAAUUUCACCCUUCCUUCGGGCUUGCCUUCUACAGCAGCACGGGUAUGUGUGGUUGUGUUGCACCCUGAUGCAUAGGGGCCCACAGUGCUGUUCCUCUGUCCUACUCCUCUGCUACUCACCUUAUUAUUACGUAACUUAACUGCUCUGUAAGAGCCAAAGCCAACAUCCCAAACCCUCCUGCUUCUGAUUCCACUCUGCCAGUCUGAGGAGAGCGAGAGUUUAGGAGAUUUUCCUCCACAGAGUGUCAGUGUGGAAUCCUGCCCAAACCUCAGUACUAACGUGUCCAUUGCAUCAUAGCCAUGUGAUGUCGCAUGUGACUAUAAUUCUGACUAGAUUCCUUCCUGUUUCAUAAUGAGCUCUGAUUACCCAGAGUGAUGGUGAUGAACUGUUCCACCAAGAGAGAUCACUGAAUGAUCCUCUUUAACUUUCUCUCUCUCUCUCUCUCUCUCUCUCUCUCUCUCUCUCUCUCUCUCUCUCUCUCUCUCUCUCUCUCUCUCUCUCUCUCUCCCCACCCCACUCUCCCCCCACCCUUCUCUCCCCCCCCCACCCCUCUCUUUCUCCCCCACCUCUCUCUCUCUCUUUAUCCCCCCACCCCACCUUUCUCUCUAUUCCCCCCCCCCCCCCCCCCAGGUUGGUAUAACAGGCUCUACAUAAACUUCAUCCUCAGGCGGCACAUCUUCUUCUUCAUGCUGCAGACCUAUUUCCCCACCAUGCUGAUGGUGAUGCUCUCCUGGGUGUCCUUUUGGAUUGACAGGAGAGCUGUGCCCGCCCGGGUCUCUCUGGGUACAGUACUGAUAGUCUCACUACUAGUAUGAGGGGUUUUGAGGGAUUUUCCAGAAAAUAACCUAAGCUCAAAAACAUAGCAGAGAAGGCUCACAAGGCCAUCAGCUUUUUCUGUAAAGCAUUCUUGAUGCAUCCCCAUAAACAAAAUUGGGUGGGUGCUUUACAUUUCUCUGCCUUGUCACACCCCUGUUAUUACUAUAAGGUGAAGAGGGGACGAUUGUGCACCAAUUUCCUAUUGUGUUCCUGCUGUGAAUGGGCGUGUGAAUAUGAGCCUGCUGCUUUGACAGUUGCCAGAGCAGAAUUAAUUAACAGAGAGAGAGAGAGAGAGAGAGAGAGAGAGAGCACAGCAGUUGGGGUGGACACGUCAUCCCCCUCCAAUCAGAGGUAACUGAAACUGAACACAAAGAAUGUUUAGUUUUGCACAUGACUAUAGUCACCUGUACCAGGCGAGAUCCCUUCAGGCAGUGUGUAGGUGUCUGUGAAAGCUUGUUUUUGUUGGAAAGAAGAGAAAGGGAGGGAGAGGGAGAGAGAGAGAGCGAGAGAAGAGAGAGAGAAUCUAGAGAGAGACUCGAGAGGAUAGAAGUAAAUCCCUAAUAUCUCGAUAGAGCCAGAGUAUAUGCGAUCAGCGAGGAGAGCGCUAUGAUCGCUUCUUUUCCCUCUCUUUCUUUUUCUGCCCCGCAAACUCCUUUUCUCUCUCCCCUCUCUCUCUCUCUUUCCUCCCCCCCGCCCUCCUCGUCCUCCCUCUCUCUCUUUCUUUCCCCCUCCCCCCGCUCCUCCUUCGCCUCUCCUCUUCUUGCCCCCUCUUUUUCUUCCUUGCCCUCUCCCCCCCGGGGCUCCUCUCCCCCCCCCCGGGUCCCCCGCCCGCGCCCCGCGCCCGCCCCCCCGCGCGGGCCCCCCCCGCCCCGCUCCCCCCCCCCGCGCCGGGCCCCCCCCCGCCCCCGCCCAGCCUUUGCCCCGCCCCGGGCCCCCCUCUCACUCGCUUCUCCCUCUUUGCGCGCUUUCCCCGCUCCCUCCUUUCCCCCUUUUCCCUUCUCCUCCUUUUUCCCUCCCUUUUUCCCCUUUUCCUCUUUUCUCUCUCCUUCUUCCUCUCUCUCGGGCUUUUCUCUUUCCCUUUCCCCCUUUUUUUGUUUAAAUUUUUUUGCCCAGUGGGAUGGCUUCACCCUGGGAGCAGCGCAGCUCUUUAGAGGGUCAUACCGUAACAAAAGCUGGCCUAAUUUCACUCUGCAACAAAAAAUAUAAAUAAAAUAAAUAAAUGUCAACCCCAUUAACACAGAGUUUGUGUUUACACACUGAUACCUAUUGUAUACUGUAGCUCAGUUGGUAGAGCAUGGCGCUUGCAACGCCAGGGUUGUGGGUUUGUUUCCCACGGGGGGCCAGUAUGAAAAAUGUAUGCACUCACUAACUGUAAGUCGCUCUGGAUAAGAGCGUCUGCUAAAUGACUAAACUGUAAAAAUGUAAUAAAUGAAACCUAUCUUCCCACUUCAGCGAAAAAAGUCCCAUUACAAUAAGAACGAAUAUACAUGUACAGCUAGCUUCUCAUGGAAGUAGAGCUCAAUGUACAGACUCCUACACCAUUUCUUGUUUGUCUUUCCAUCCAUCUAUGCUAAACCUCCAUACAGUUAUACACCUCAUUAUUUUUCCAUACGUUUGCCUCUCUCUUUUUAUCAUCGAAGGCUGUCAUGGUACAAAUACCUUGUGGUGGUGAAAGAAGGCUUAGAAAAACAGAUUGAUCGAGAAUGAUACCUUAACUCAAUAAUCUCUCUUUCUCUCGCUUUCUCUCUUUCUUUCUCUCUCUCCAUUUCCCACUCUCGCUCUCUCAUUUAUCUCUCUCUCUCUCUCUCUCUCUCUCUCUCGCUCCCUCUCCAGGCAUCACCACAGUUCUGACCAUGUCCACCAUCAUCACAGGCGUGUCAGCCUCCAUGCCCCAGGUGUCUUAUGUGAAAGCGGUAGACAUCUACCUGUGGGCCAGCUUCCUGUUCGUCUUCCUGUCCGUCAUAGAGUACGCCACCGUCAACUACUUCACCACUGUGGAGGAGAUGAAGAAGCUCAAGGGGGGAAAGGUCACUGACACUUACGGAGUCUAUAGGGUCAAAGUUCAUGGGUUAGAUAAGUCACAGAGUGAGGGAUCAUGUGCAUGGGUAUAUUAUGAAAUAUGGAACAUGCUACCACUCUCAGAUCCACAAUAUAAGUGCCAAAGUAGGUUAUAACAAUAACUCCCCCUACUGGUCAUAAUGUAUUCUACCAUCGGAAGAUCAUUGAAUUUAAACAUUUAAAUUCCCUCCCCUCUCUCUCCUCAGAUCCCUGCCAAUUUCAAUGCCACUCAAACUAUGGCCUUUGAUGGAUGUUACCAUGACAAUGACAUUGACCUGACGCCCUUCCCAGAGCUGCCCAGUACCCCCAACACAGAGCGGAGUCGGACGGCCACGUUGAGGAACUCGAGGAACUCUGCUGCAGAGCCCCCGCCCACAGAGGGCACCAGGCUACGACGCAAAAAAUCCAUCAAACACAACCUCAGCUUCAUCAUGAGCAACAGCUACAUGAUCGACUCCUACUCCAGAGUCGUCUUCCCCAUCACCUACCUGCUGUUCAACAUCAUCUACUGGAGUUUGUACUCAAGUAGGUGAAUACACUGUCAAGUCUACUAACAGUUCAUCAUGCAGUGGAGUAUUGGAGCGUGUACACCUAAAGCAGGAUUGUCUAAUGACUUCUGAACUAUAUUACCACUGUAUAUUAUCUAUUAGGUUAUUCACACUGACAACAGCAUCAUCAUCAAGCCGAUGUAUUCUGCCGCCCACUGGAUUAUGACCUUAACCAUUGGUGUCUACCAGAGUGCAUUGUGGGAGUUUUGGACAGUCAAGCCCUACUGAAGAAGAGAUACUAUUGUGUAAACCUGCUUUUUAUUAGAAACCUGUUAGAAUCCGGGUUCAGGUGUGAAGUUGCUGGUGCUGUUCAUAUGACUGCUUCUGCUGUAAUGCACAGUUGUUGUUUUUCUCCACUGGUUUAUACAUUUAGUUACUGUGAGUAGUAUGAAUUUAAAUGUGUAUGAAAAUGAACGUGCACGUAAGUCUUUUAUAUCAGUGAAUAUCAGAAAAAUACAAUAUCAGAUUAGCUUAAAAUAAAUUUCAUUUUAUUUAUACAUUUGUUAUUAGUGAA